CUGGGCAAGCUGGAAGAGAAAAAGAACUUCUUGCUAUCAGCACUGGCUGAUGCCAAAUUUAAGAAACACCCUUGGAUGUAUCAAUGUGAUUGGAUAAAGGAUCAAAAAUACUUUAAGACAAACAGAUAUUACGUACAAAACAAGAUGAAAGUGAGAGUAGAGCAUAGCACGCCGGCAUCUGUAAGCUGUUUCAACAACCACGGAGAUUUCAUGUUACUCCAACAGAAAAGGGCUCUCAACCAAUCCAGAAAGGCUUCUCUAUAGCCAAUCCAAAACUCUUUUACACUGUUGUCUGAGAAAAGGGAAGCGUAGCAGGCAAGGCUUCUAUGCUGCUUCCCAAUUCUGCUUGAAGAGUCUUUGAGCAGGCAUGUGUAUGCCUUAAGUUUAGGCAAAGCUGAAAGACUAGGAGCCGAUCUAGUCAUAAAAAAAGAAGAAACCAAAUGCAAAUAAGCCGCUUCUCCUUGGCUUUCCUGCUGCCCACUUGAAGGCUUCUUUUCUCAUGUAAUGCACUCGCUCACCCAAGAAAUCAAAUCCUUCUCCAGGACUAAUUUGAAAAAGCAAUGUACCAGAGUCACAACUUUAUCUGGGAAGAGACUUAUCGAGACCUGGAGGGAUGCCCAGAUGCAAGUGGUGGAAGUGGCCGAUUGUAAGGAGGGGGACGCCUGUGGCUAUGUGCAGGACCUUAGCCUGGACCUUCAGAUUGGGAUGAUUAAGUCGUGGCUAUUGUUGGGUUCCCAGGAUGCUGCUCAUGACUUGGAGACAAUGAAAAAAUAUAAGGUUACCCAUGUUCUAAAUGUAGCUUAUGGUGUCGAAAAUGCCUUCCCCAAUGACUUUACAUAUAAAACGAUCCCUAUUCUUGACCUGCCUGAGACUGACAUCACCUCUUGUUUCCCUGAAUGUUUUGAAUUUAUUGAACAAAUCAAGUUAAAGGGUGGUGUUGUGCUUGUUCACUGUAAUGCAGGAGUUUCCCGGGCAGCAGCAAUUAUCAUAGGGUUCCUAAUGUACUCAGAAGGACUCAAUUUUGCCAUGGCUUUUUCUGUGGUGAAAAAUGCAAGACCUGCUAUUUGUCCAAAUUCUGGCUUCAUGGAGCAGCUCCAGAAAUACCGUCAAUUCAGUUGUUAAAAAUGGAAAUUUAAGUGUCUAGGGCAGUGGUUCUCAACCUUUCUAAUGCUGCAACCCCAUAAUACAGUUCCCCAUGUUGUGGUGACCCCCAACCACUUAUACAUCACCGGGUGCCAGGGGCAGGAGAAAAGGGGAGAAAAAUGGCGGACAGCCUUGUUUGGCGACCCCCGUGAAAUGGUCGUUUGACCCCAAAUGGGGUCCCGACCCACAGGUUGAGAACCACUGGUCUAGGGGAAUGAAGAAUGAAUUUUAUGGUUGUAUGGUAAUAAGAGAAAUGGACUUUAUCACAGUGUUAAUAAAAGUUGCACAUCAUUUCAGCUCUA